AUGUCGGCGGCGUCUCUCAUGGCCCUCCUGCUUCUGCCGCUGCUCGCCGCGGCGGCGCUCUGCGUACCUGCGACCGCCACAAAGUUUACGAUAGACGCGCCGCUGCUGACGUCAAAGCUGCAGACGAACCGGAGCAUCCUCGUGGGCACGUCCGGCAGGGAGGACUUCGCCUCCCUCCAGGAGGCCAUCGACUCGGUGCCCGACGGCAACUCGGGCUGGGUCAUCAUCCACCUGCGUGCGGGAGUCUACCGGUGAGGCUCUGCUGCUGAGGGAGAGCGUGAUGGUCUCCGGGUGGAAUCCUGGAAUGAGAGAGGGGUCGUUUAAAUUUCAGGGAGAAGGUCCGCAUCCCGGAGAGCAAACCCUACAUUUUCCUGAGGGGCAACGGGAAGGGAAGGACGUCCGUCGUGUGGAAUGAUAGCUCCACCGAGAACACCGACUCCGCCACCUUCACCGUCGAGGCCGACAACGUCGUCGCCUUCGGAAUCAGCUUCAGGGUAUGCGAAUCUUCCGUCACCAAAUACGAUUCAAUCAUCUGAGUCAUUAACGUCUUGCAGAACGACGCCCCGAUAGGCGCCGCCGGGACGCCGUUCAACCAGACGGUGGCGGCCAUGGUUGCCGGCGAUAAGGUGGCCUUCUACCACUGCGCUUUCUACAGUCCCCACAACACGCUCUUCGACUACAAGGGGAGGCACUACUAUGAGACCUGCUACGUGCAGGGCGCCAUCGACUUCAUCUUCGGCCGCGGACAGUCCGUCUUCCAGGUGACAAUGAUAUCCCUGUUGGAAUUAAAUGGCAACAAUCCCCUCCUCCCCCACCCCUCCCUCCUUUGAUACGAAGGUCCCUUGUUAAUUGCAGUACCUCAUCAUUCAUUUUCUUAUUCCUUUCCGUUGUCUCUGGGUUAUGAUCUCUCUCUCUCUCUCUCUCUCGUAGAAAACACCCCCUGCAUCUUACCCUUUCCCACUUCCUCUCUUCCUCUUCCUCUAUCCCUCUCUCUCGCUGUUUAUCUCUCUCUAUCUCUCUGUAGAGUCGCCUAACUGUUGUAGGUUCAUCCAUCUCUCAUGUUUGUUCAGAGCUGCGAAAUAUUCGUGGUCGGGGACAAGAGAAUCAAGAUCCACGGGUCCAUCACAGCACAGAACAGGCAGUCGGCAGACGACAGCAGCGGCUUCGUGUUCAUCAAAGGCAAGGUGUAUGGCAUUGGCGGGGUGUACCUGGGGAGGGCCAAGGGCUCCCACUCCAGGGUCAUCUGGUCCAGGACCUACCUCUCCAAGACCAUAGUCCCCGAGGGAUGGACGAACUGGAGCUACGACGACACUCUCGAGUACGAAUAUAUUUAAAAUCUCUCUCUCUCUCUCCAUGUACAUUCUUCUUCUUCUUCAUCUUCAUCUCCUCUUCUCGCUCUUUGUCUUCUUCUUCUUCUUAAUGUUCCUCUUCCUCUCCUUCCUCUUCAUCAUCUUCUUCGUCGCUGUCUUUUUCCGCUUUCCUCCUAUCCGUCGAGUCCCCUCUGAUCUUCUUCUUCUUCUUCUUCCUCCCCGCAGGAACUUGCUGUACGGAGAGCACCGCUGCCACGGGCCAGGUGCCAACCAUCUGAGGCGGGUGUCAUGGGCAAAGCAGCUCAGCGAGGCCGAGGCCACCCCCUUCAGCGACGUCGAUUUCAUCAACGGCAAGGAAUGGCUGCCCGUCUAUUAUCUCGAUGAUCUCUAG